UAACCUCACCCGGUACAACACAAACUCCUUAUCCUUCUCUCUCUCUCUGGCAACUUCACACAUCAACAACUAGUUCACAAUAACACAAUCUCUUCGCUCUUCCGAUGGUGUCUUCUCAGAUCUAACUCUCUAAGCGCUGCUGCUUUACUGCGAGGUUUCACUACUGAUUCAUUUGGAAAACGACAGCGUUUUGGGUAGGGUUGUACUUGUAUUUCAUUGAACAUGCGGCCGAGAGUAGCGUACUCGUUCCCUGAGGAGGUGCUGGAGCACGUGUUCUCCUUCAUUGAGUGCGACAAGGACCGCGGCUCGAUCUCCCUCGUCUGCAAGUCCUGGUACGAGAUCGAGCGCUGGUGUCGCCGGAGAGUCUUCGUCGGAAACUGCUACGCGGUCUCUCCGGCCACCGUCGUCAACCGCUUCCCCAAGGUUAGAUCCAUCGCCAUCAAGGGGAAGCCGCACUUCGCCGACUUCAAUUUGGUCCCCGAGGGUUGGGGCGCUUACGUGGGCCCCUGGAUCAAGGCCAUGGCCGCUGCCUACCCCUGGCUUCAGGAGAUCAGGCUCAAGAGGAUGGUCAUCGCCGACGAAUGCUUGGAACUCAUCGCCAAAUCGUUUAAGAACUUCCAAGUCUUGGUCCUCACCUCUUGCGAGGGCUUCACCACUGAUGGACUUGCAGCCAUUGCUGCCAAUUGCAGGAAUUUGAGGGAGUUGGAGUUGCGGGAGAGUGAGGUGGACGACAUCUGUGGGCAUUGGCUGAGCCAUUUUCCUGAUUCGUACACAUCACUGGUUUCCCUUAACAUUUCUUGCUUAGGCAAUGAGGUGAAUUUGUCUGCCCUAGAGCGCCUGGUUAGUAGGUGUCCCAAUCUCCAGACGCUCCGCCUCAACCGUGCUGUGCCACUAGACAGGCUUGCCACUCUUCUUCGCGGUGCUCCUCAGUUGGUUGAGUUGGGCACCGGAGCUUACACGACAGAGAUGCGACCGGAGGUCUUCACAAACCUUGCGGAGGCAUUUUCUGGGUGCAAGCAAUUGAAGGGCUUAUCUGGAUUUUGGGACGUGCUCCCUUCCUACCUUCCAGCUGUCUAUCCUAUUUGCUCCAACCUGACUUCACUGAACUUGAGUUAUGCAACUAUUCAAAGCCCUGAUCUUAUCAAGCUUGUUGGUCAAUGUGAGAGUUUGCAGCGGUUAUGGGUGCUGGAUUACAUAGAAGAUGCUGGCCUUGAAGUGAUUGCUGCAUCCUGUAAGGAUCUAAGGGAGUUGAGGGUGUUUCCGUCCGACCCGUUUGGGUUAGAACCAAAUGUAGCAUUGACAGAGCAGGGCCUCGUUUCGGUGUCUGAAGGCUGCACCAAGCUCCAGUCAGUUCUAUAUUUUUGUAGGCAAAUGUCUAAUGCUGCCUUAGAUACAAUUGCCAGGAGCAGGCCUAAUAUGACACGUUUUAGACUAUGUAUUAUUGAGCCUCGAGCUCCUGACUAUCUCACCCAUCAACCUCUGGAUGCUGGUUUUGGAGCUAUUGUAGAGCAUUGCAAGGAUCUUCAGCGACUUUCCCUUUCUGGGCUUCUAACUGACCGUGUUUUUGAGUAUAUUGGGACUUAUGGUAAGAAGCUUGAGAUGCUUUCUGUGGCUUUUGCUGGAGAUAGCGAUUUGGGACUCCAUCAUGUGCUGUCUGGGUGUGACAACCUUAGGAAGCUGGAGAUCAGGGACUGCCCCUUUGGUGACAAAGCCCUUUUGGCCAAUGCUGCAAAGCUGGAGACAAUGCGAUCCCUUUGGAUGUCCUCUUGCUUGGUGAGUUAUGGAGCAUGUAAAUUGCUGGGUCAGAAAAUGCCAAGACUUAAUGUUGAAGUCAUUGAUGAAAGAGGACCUCCAGAUUCAAGGCCGGAGAGUAGUCCUGUUGAGAAGUUAUACAUAUACAGGACUGUUUCUGGGCCAAGAUUGGACAUGCCAGGCUAUGUAUGGAGAAUGCAAGAUGAUUCUGCAUUAAGGAUUUCUUGAGUGAUUGUGCUGUGGAAUGAGCCGUGGAAUUUAUGAAGCAUUUGAUGUGAGAAUUGUUAGUGCAGGUACAUGCCCAGAAUGCUACUCAAUAAUGAAUUAAAACUGUUUACGGCCUAUGCUGUUGUGGUUGGUGUUUGAGCUAUAAGGUACAGGAGGAUAUAUAAAGGCUUGAGCUCGAUUGCCAUUCAUUUUACACUUUGGCUGAGCUACGAGACACCAAUUCUGAUAGAGAUCGUAACCUUGUUCUAUGUUGCAUAGGAUAGUUACUAUUUUUCGUAUCAUUAUUAUAAUAUUUUAUGGACUUGUGCAUAAUUUUAUAUGCAUGUUACCCCUGCUCUUUCGUAGUAAGAUAUCGGUGGACUUGUUAUCAUUAACCGUGGGAAGGAAUAAAAAUCGUAUUUAUAUUCUAGUGCAUCCUGAUUUGUUGAUGCAUCUGAUGGAA